AUGAGAAUAUUGCCGAUUGGGUUGUCGCAUGCUUGGAAGAAUGCAAAGGAGUCAGCGCAUGCCUCUCAUUCCCUAGCUCACCCGGACGCUAGUGUGCAAUGGAGGAAACUGUCACCGGGCAAGUUGAAGGUAAAUAUGGAUGCGGCCUUUGAUUAUGCUAAUAAUUGUAUGGGCAUGGGUUGGAUUCUUCGGGAUGAGGAGGGUAGAUUUCUUGCUACUAAAGGUCUAAACAUGAGGGGAUGUUUCAAUGUAAAUGAGGCUGAGACAUAUGCUAUCCGGGAGGCUCUAAGUUGGCUCAAGGACUUGGAGCUGGGGGAGGUGGAUGUCGAAACUGAUUCACAAAUUGUUUUCCAUGCUAUUCAUGCUACAUAUUUUCAUUCAUCGUUUGAUAGUUUAGUAGAUGAUAUUAAAGUAGCUACUUCUAUGCUUCAUAAUGUAGUGUUCUCUUCUGUAAAGCGAUCUGCAAAUCGUGCUGCCCACCUUGUUGCGCGGGAAGCCGUUUCUGAGUUAGGUUGCGGGGAAUGGGUUGAUAUCCCUCCCCCUUUUCUUGUUGACUGUUUGUCGGUUGAUUUUAUGAAUUAA